CUUCUUUACUCUGCAUCUCUUUGUCUUUUUCACUCUUUCUUUCCUAGUCUCGUCCUUAUAUCCCUAUCGUGUCUAUGCUUCUUUCUCUUUGUCCACUCUUCCUCAUCACCCUCAUCCCUAUCACGCCUCAACACGUACAUUUUCAUUCGUCUAUACAAACAUCCUCUCAAUAAUGUCUCUAACCUGCUCACGUCCAUGCUCCCCUAAUCUCAUCACCGCCUUCAUCACCUUCUUCACCCUUUGUACCCACGUCGCCUACGCCCGCCAAUCCUUCCAGCCCACCCUCACGACCGGAGCCACCAGCGCCUUUGUCGAGAACCAGAAUCUCUACAUCCUGGGCGGUGUACCGAGCACCUACACCAGCACCAAUUCGAUAAUACCAACAACAACCAUCCCACAAGCAUUCGUGCUCGACUUAUCCGUCUCUUGGAAUAGUAGUAACCCCAUCAUCCAGCAAUUACCAGACGGUCCCACUACUACUUCACCAUCACUAACAGGUGAAGAUGGAUGGGUAGGAUGGGGCACAGCAGGCAUGGUGAGCACACUUUCUGCAGAUGCACAGACCUGGUUUGUCGCGUUCAACGAUCCUGCGUACCAAUACUCUACCUCCUCCGCAACUUGGACACUCGGACUAUCACUCGAUAACCUCACCACCAACACCGACCUUCCUCUCAGUAGAGGAGCCUCUGCAGCCGUGACCGAUCCAGAUACGGGACUUGUCUACAUGUUCUCAAACACAGAUCCGGCCUCGGAUAACCCGCUCGUCCGACGCCUGGAUCUGAAUACCGGCACGAUCGACAAUAUCCCUAUGGACAACGACGAUGCCCUCGACGACAGGGUGAGUGCGAUCGUGUCUGCGAUCUGGAGCGCGCCCCAAAAGCAGAUCCUCGUCAUCGAGGAACACAACCCCAUCCGCCUCCUCGCAUUCACACCCAACAUCACGAACGCGACCUGGAGCAUUUUAAAUACCACGGGCGACAUUCCUGCCACACGCACCGGCGCGUGCUUCGUCUCAUCCGCUGGAGGAGCGCAAGCCGUAUACUUUGGCGGCUUCUCCACCAAUUCACCCACCGCCAUGAACGAUAUCUACAUUCUUGACAUCCCCUCCAUGACCUGGAAACGCGGCCCAGACGCACCUUCGACGGACGCGCGUGGGGGUGCUGCCUGCGCUGUCUCAAGUGACCAUUUCCUCGCCUGGGGCGGCUCCUCUACCAUCCCCAACACAGACAGCCCGAUGGAAGCCCUAGUGAUCUACAACCUACGCACCCAAUCCUGGACCUCCGAAUAUAUCUCCUCCUCCUCCUCCACUUCCUCCUCUUCCUCCUCUUCCUCCUCCCCUGCGAUCUCCACGUCCUCGCUCAUUACCCCUCCUUCUGUAUCUGCAUCCGCACCACCCAAUUUUUCUCCUACGAUAAGCUCACCGUCCGAGACCACCUCGACCGCCUCACCGACUCCGACACCAAACACCCCCGCGGUAACCGAUAUCCUGGGCGCAGUUGUCAAAGUCUUGGUCGUCCUGAUCUCCAUUGGCGGAACGAUCCUCUACAGCGUCCGCCAGAAACAGCUCCUGACACUCUCUAAAGCAUCGAACGAGCCCCAUGGACAGCCCUAACGGUCUGCAAACGUCCACAGCACCUUAUACGAUCAUCUUUUUUUUUUUAUUUUUUCCCUUCAAGUCCCUAAUGAGCCACUUCCUUGUAUAGACUACUGUCAGUCCUCACAGCUAGGAUGACCCAUAGCAUAGCAUCUGCAUAAU